AUGAACUGGGGUGGGUUGCAGUCCCUCCUCAGCGGGGUGAAUAAAUACUCCACGGUGUUCGGUCGCGUCUGGCUCUCCAUGGUCUUCGUGUUCCGCAUCUUGGUGUUUGUGGUGGCCGCUCAGCGCGUCUGGGGAGACGAGAGUAAGGACUUCGUCUGUAACACGGCCCAGCCAGGCUGCGUCAACGUCUGUUACGACCACAUCUUCCCCAUCUCACACAUCCGCCUGUGGGCCCUACAGCUCAUCUUCGUCACCUGUCCGUCUCUGAUGGUUGUGGCUCACGUCAAGUUGCGUGAGGAGAAGGAUUCCAAGUACACCGCAAUGCAUGAAGGGUCGCAUAUGUACGCAAAUCCAGGGAAGAAGAGAGGAGGCCUGUGGUGGACCUAUCUGGCGAGUCUGAUCUUCAAGGCGGGCUUCGACGCCGGCUUCCUCUACAUCCUCUACUACGUCUACGAGGGUUACGACAUGCCACGUCUCUCCAAGUGCUCCCUGGAUCCCUGCCCCAACACCGUCGACUGCUACAUCUCCCGUCCCACCGAGAAGAAGAUUUUCACCAUCUUCAUGGUGGUCUCCUCAGCUGUCUGCAUCCUCAUGUGUAUCUGUGAGAUGGUCUACCUCAUCUGCAAGAGGAUCCAGAAGCGCAUCAGGAAGAAGGUGGCAGAGAGUCUCGAGGCGACGUCGUUGACGACGCGGAGGUCGAGAUCCAAGUUGUCUGUCAGGGAGGACCCCACCAACACAGCCUCCAUUCAGAACCUCUGUAAUGUCAAGACGGAGGCGGCGCCAUCAGAGAAGAAGAAAUAA